AUGGAGGUACGCACCGACAUGUACAACACCAACCCGGACGGCUCCAAGGACUACCUCUCCGUCGGCCAGGCCCCCGUCCCGACGAUCUACGCCUUUUUCGCGCUCGGCUACGUCGCCUUCCUGGCCGCCUGGCUCUACCUCACCCUCUACCACAACCGCCUCUCGGCGCACCGCAUCCACCACCUCAUGUCCUGCCUGCUCCUCGCCCGUAUGCUCUACUGCAUCUCGGCCGCCGAGGACCAGCACUACAUCCGCGUCGCUGGAUCUUCCCAUGGGUGGGACGUCAUGUUCUAUCUCUUCCAGCUUGUUAAGGGUGUGAUCUUGUUCGCGGUGAUCGCGCUGAUUGGUACCGGGUGGUCGUUCCUCAAGCCCUUCCUGCAGGACAAGGAGAAGAAGGUGCUCAUGGUGGUGAUCCCGUUGCAGGUUGCAGCUAACAUUGCUGCAGCUGUCGUUGGUGAGACCGGGCAAUACUUGCAAGCAUGGGUGACAUGGAACCAGAUCUUCUUGUUUGUUGAUGUAGCCUGCUGCUGCGCGGUGCUCUUCCCAGUUGUGUGGUCGAUGCGAUCGCUGCGAGAGUCAUCCAAGACAGAUGGCAAGGCUGCCCGAACCCUCGCCAAGCUCACGCUCUUCCGCCAGUUCUACGUCGUCGUGAUUGGAUACUUGUACUUCACAAGGAUCAUUGUCUAUGCGCUCAAGACAAUCACCAACUACAAGUACAGAUGGGUGAGUGUUGCGGCAGAGGAGGUGGCCACCAUGGCAUUCUACAUGUUCAUGUUCUACAUGUUCAAGCCGGCUGAGAGGAAUUCGAGCUCUAGAGUGUUGCGAGGGGAUACAUGA